UUCGCUGCGACGGUCCGCGCAUGCGCACCUCCCUGCAGCCGUGACUAGACAUUCGGUCAUAGGAGCUGCAGAGGCGACCGAGCAGGAGCCGGAGCGGGAGGAGGAGGAGGCGCUGCAAGCGGAGUCGUUUUGCGGCGGGGGUGUUGUGGGGCGGAGGGUGGGGGAGAAGGCCCCCCCCCCCUCUCGAGCAGCGUCGGUGGAAUUAAAAUCAUCGUCGCUCGACCGCGAACACGGUCCCUUCUGCGGGAGACGACGGCCAUGUCCACCCCAGAUCCCCCCAUGGGGGGCAACCCCCGCCCGGGUCCGUCUCCCGGUCCGGGUCCCUCCCCCGGGGCCUUGCUGGGCCCCAGCCCCGGUCCUUCCCCGGGCUCUGCCCACAGCAUGAUGGGACCCAGUCCCGGUCCUCCUUCCUCCGGACUCUCCCAGCCGGGCCCGUCCGGCUACGGCCAGGACGGCAUGCACCCCCUCCACAAACCUCUCGAGGGCUUGCACGACAAGAGCAUGAGCGAGGAGGGUCGCUUCGGCCAAAUGAAAGGCCUGCCGGUGCGGCCUGGUGGGCACGCUGGGAUGGGCCCCCCGCCCAGUCCUCUGGACCAACACUCCCAAGGUUACCACUCCCCAUUAGGUGGUUCUGACCAUUCUAGUCCAGUCCCUUCCAACGGCCCCCCCUCUGGGCCUCUACUCGCAUCUUCCUCCUCAUCGUCCUCUUCACUUGGGCCCGGCUCCGCCUCCGCGCCGUUAGAAAACCCCGGUGGAGAACAGCACUCUUUGGGCCCCGGCAACCGCCCGGGACCGCUCGGGAUUACAGGGCCGGGACCCAGCCCUGGACCCAGCCUCAGCUCCACCGUCCCCACCUUGGUGUCGGGCCUGGAAUCCGCUGGCCUUUCCGGACCCGGUGGUCCCGGGGGUCCCACUCCUUUCAACCAGAGCCAACUGCACCAACUCAGAGCUCAGAUCAUGGCCUAUAAGAUGCUGGCCCGGGGUCAGCCCCUGCCGGACCACCUCCAGAUGGCCGUCCAAGGGAAAAGGCCGAUGCCUGGCAUGCAACAGCCCAUGAGCAGCUUGACUCCAGGAGCUGGACCGCCAGGACCGAUGAGUGCAGGCUACAGUCGGGCUCACGGAAUGUUGGGUCCCAAUAUGCCACCACCGAGUCCAUCGGGUACAGCAGUGGGGAUGCAAGGACAGAACCACAACGGGCCUCCCAAGUCCUGGCCAGAUGGCCCGAUGAUAAAUGCGGCGGCCCCGUCCAACGCGCCCCAAAAGCUGAUCCCGCCUCAGCCGACGGGGCGACCCUCUCCCGCUCCCCCCUCGGUGCCCCCGGCGGCGUCGCCCGUCAUGCCUCCGCAGACGCAGUCCACCGGGCAGCCGGCGCAGCCCCCUCCCAUGAUGCCUUACCACAGCAAGCAGAGCCGCAUCACCCCCAUCCAGAAGCCCUGCGGCCUGGACCCCGUGGAGAUCCUGCAGGAGCGGGAGUACAGGUUGCAGGCCCGCAUCACGCAUCGUAUCGCCGAGCUGGAGAACCUGCCGGGCUCUCUGGCUGGAGAUUUACGAACCAAAGCCACCAUAGAACUCAAAGCGCUACGGCUGCUUAACUUCCAGAGACAGCUGCGACAGGAGGUGGUGGUGUGCAUGCGUCGCGACACGGCUCUGGAAACGGCGCUGGAUGCCAAGGCCUACAAGCGCAGCAAACGCCAAAGCCUGCGAGAGGCUCGGAUCACAGAGAAACUGGAGAAGCAGCAGAAGAUCGAACAAGAGCGCAAGCGCAGGCAGAAGCAUCAGGAGUAUCUCAACAGCAUCCUUCAACACGCCAAAGACUUCAAGGAGUACCAUCGCUCCGUCACGGGCAAAAUCCAAAAGCUGACCAAGGCCGUGGCCACCUACCACGCCAACACCGAGCGGGAGCAGAAGAAGGAGAACGAGCGCAUCGAGAAAGAGCGAAUGAGGAGGCUCAUGGCGGAAGACGAGGAGGGCUACCGAAAACUCAUCGACCAGAAGAAGGACAAGCGUCUGGCCUACCUCCUGCAGCAGACCGACGAGUACGUGGCCAACCUCACCGAGCUGGUUCGCGCGCACAAGGCUGCGCAGGCCCUCAAGGAGAAGAAGAAGAAGAAAAAGAAGAAGAAGAAGAAGGUGGAGAGUCCGGAGGGACAGACUCCGGCUUUGGGGCCCGACGGAGAGCCUCUGGAUGAGACCAGUCAGAUGAGUGACCUUCCCGUCAAGGUCAUCCACGUGGACAGCGGCAACAUCUUGACCGGGGUGGACGCGCCCAAGGCCGGACAGCUCGACGCGUGGCUGGAGAUGAAUCCCGGUUACGAGGUGGCGCCACGCUCCGACAGCGAAGACAGCGAGGACGAGGAUGAGGAAGAGGAGGAGGAGGAGGAACAUCAGCCCUCAAGCGCGCCAACGGAAGAGAAGAAGAAGAUAAGCGACCCCGACAGCGAGGACGUGUCAGAGGUGGACGUGCGCCACAUCAUCGAGAACGCCAAACAGGACGUGGACGACGAGUACAGCGGGGCGGCGUUCGCGCGAGGGCUGCAGUCCUACUACGCCGUGGCUCACGCCGUCACCGAGAAGGUGGAGAAGCAGUCCACUUUCUUGAUCAACGGACAACUCAAACAGUACCAGAUCAAAGGCCUGGAGUGGCUGGUGUCGCUGUACAACAACAACCUGAACGGGAUCCUGGCGGACGAAAUGGGUCUGGGCAAAACCAUCCAGACCAUCGCGCUCAUCACGUACCUCAUGGAGCACAAGCGGCUCAACGGGCCUUACCUCAUCAUCGUGCCGCUCUCGACUCUUUCGAACUGGGUCUACGAGUUUGACAAGUGGGCACCCACGGUUGUGAAAGUGUCCUAUAAGGGUUCUCCCGCCGCCAGAAGAGCUUUUGUCCCUCAAUUGCGCAGCGGCAAGUUCAACGUUCUCCUCACCACCUACGAGUACAUCAUCAAGGACAAGCAAGUCCUAGCGAAGAUCCGCUGGAAGUACAUGAUCGUGGACGAGGGCCACCGCAUGAAGAACCACCACUGCAAGCUGACCCAGGUUCUGAACACGCACUACCUGGCGCCGAGGCGGGUGCUGCUGACGGGCACGCCGCUGCAGAACAAGCUCCCCGAGCUGUGGGCGCUGCUCAACUUCCUCCUGCCCACCAUCUUCAAGAGCUGCAGCACCUUCGAGCAGUGGUUCAACGCCCCGUUUGCGAUGACGGGCGAGAAGGUGGACCUCAACGAAGAGGAGACCAUUUUGAUCAUCCGCCGUCUUCACAAAGUCCUCCGUCCCUUCUUGCUGCGCAGGCUGAAGAAGGAAGUGGAGGCCCAGCUCCCAGAGAAGGUGGAAUACGUGAUCAAGUGUGACAUGUCGUCGCUCCAGCGGGUGCUCUACAGGCACAUGCAGGCCAAGGGCGUACUGCUGACCGACGGCUCGGAGAAGGACAAGAAGGGCAAAGGAGGCACCAAGACGUUGAUGAACACCAUCAUGCAGCUGAGGAAGAUCUGCAACCAUCCUUACAUGUUCCAGCAGAUCGAGGAAUCUUUCUCUGAGCAUUUAGGUUUCUCUGGCGGAAUAGUUCAAGGCCCCGACUUGUAUCGCGCGUCGGGGAAAUUCGAGGUGUUGGAUCGGAUCCUCCCCAAACUGCGAGCGACCAACCACAAAGUGCUGCUCUUCUGCCAGAUGACCUCACUGAUGACCAUCAUGGAGGACUACUUCGCCUACCGCAGCUUCAAGUAUCUGCGUCUGGAUGGCACCACGAAGGCCGAAGACCGAGGAAUGCUACUGAAGACCUUCAACGAUGCCGAGUCGGAAUAUUUCAUCUUCCUCCUGAGCACGCGAGCGGGAGGCCUCGGCCUCAACCUGCAGUCCGCCGACACCGUCAUCAUCUUUGACUCCGACUGGAACCCGCACCAGGACCUGCAGGCGCAGGACCGAGCUCACCGCAUCGGCCAACAAAACGAGGUGCGCGUGCUGCGCCUGUGCACGGUCAACAGCGUGGAGGAGAAGAUCUUGGCCGCCGCCAAGUACAAGCUGAACGUGGACCAAAAGGUGAUCCAGGCGGGCAUGUUCGACCAGAAGUCGUCCAGCCACGAGCGCAGGGCCUUCCUGCAGGCCAUCCUGGAGCACGAGGAGCAGGACGAGGUCUGGGGGCAAGACGUCUGUCUUCGGAUGAAUGAGGAGGACGAGGUCCCCGACGACGAGACGGUCAACCAGAUGAUCGCCAGGAGCGAGGAGGAGUUCGAUCAGUUCAUGCGCAUGGACUUGGACCGGCGGCGCGAGGACGCCCGCAACCCGCGGCGUAAACCUCGUCUGAUGGAGGAGGACGAGCUGCCCACCUGGAUCAUGAAGGACGACGCCGAGGUGGAGCGGCUCACCUGCGAGGAGGAGGAGGAGAAAAUGUUCGGACGAGGCUCCCGCCAGCGCAAGGAGGUGGACUACAGCGACUCGCUGACCGAGAAGCAGUGGCUCAAGCAGGCCAUCGAGGAGGGCACCCUGGAGGAGGUGGAGGAGGAGGUGCGGCACAAGAAGACCACCACCCGCAAGAGGAAGCGGGAUCGGGAUCGGGACCCGGACCUGCCCGUGCCCUCCUGCUCCUCGGGAGGAAGAGGACGAGGGGACAAGGAUGAAGACGCAAAGAGGCAGCGGAAAAGGGGGAGACCGCCGGUGGAGAAGAUCUCCGCCAAUCCUCCUGCGCUCACCAAGAAGAUGAAGAAGAUCAUCGACGCCGUCAUCAGAUACAAAGACGGCACGAGCGGACGCCAGCUCAGCGAGGUGUUCAUCCAGCUGCCGUCCCGCAAAGAGCUGCCCGAGUACUACGAGCUGAUCCGCAAGCCCGUGGACUUCAGGAAGAUCAAGGAGAGGAUUCGAGGUCACCGCUACCGCAGCCUUGGCGACCUGGAGAGAGACGUCAUGCUGCUGUUCCAGAACGCGCAAACCUUCAACCUGGAGGGAUCCCUGAUCUACGAGGACUCCAUCGUGCUGCAGUCGGUCUUCACCAGUCUGAGGCAGAAGAUCGAGAAAGAGGAGGAGAGCGAAGGCGAAGACAGCGAGGAAGACGACGAGGAGCAGGAUGACGGAUCCGAGUCGGAAACCCGUUCCGUCAAGGUCAAGAUUCGACUGGGCAAGAAGGAACGAGGCGGCGAUCGCGGGAAGGGACGCAGCAGACGAUCGGGACGCACCAGGGCCAAACCCGUGGUCAGUGACGACGACUCUGACGAGGAACAAGAAGAGGAGCGCUCCCUCAGCGCCACUGAUGAAGAGUCCUGAAUGGUCGCCACGAAGCGAUAAUCCGCCGGCUAACACCUCCAUCCGUCCAAUCACGCCAAAGCGCUCAAAAAGAAGGCUUUGCGACGCUUCAAGGACUUUAUCACGGGCGUCUUUUUUUCUUUGCAUUUAUCUCGACGCCAGUCGAGGAGUUUUUGUUGCUGCUCCCGCCGAAGUCCCGUUGAGGGGGGGGGAAACCUCCGAGAUCCCCAAAUCCAUUUGAACUUGAGCAAAUUUUCUCUUUUGGCCACAGAACGGAAGCCCUGACGGCCGCUCUGGCUGCGGCUUUUUAACGUCGUUAUUAAUCGCGACGAACAUCAUAAAGUCCCCGCCCGAGUAUUUGCGGCUCGUACGUCACAACACGUGAAGCCUUCCAGUUGAGUCUGCUUUUCAAUGUGACGAUCACAUGUUGGCUUUACUACAAAAGCGCAAAAUCUCUGGUCACAAAUUGCUUUGUGACAACUGAGCAAAACCUUCCCUGAACUGUUAUAAAGUCUUUUAAUUUUUAUUUUUGAAAAAAAAAAAAAAAAAACAACAGUGAUAAAUCAAACUCUUCUGCUUUGCCCCUGAUGGCGUCGGACUCGCCAAAUAGUGAGACUCGACUGAAACGAGUUCUCGCAGUCCGCGGACUUCAAAUUUGAUUUAUUAGCGUACAACGUCGGCGUUUCGAAACGGUGUUUUUAUAUCGGUGAAUGUUUUGAUUUUUGGAAUAGUUUUGUUUCUAUUCUUGUUCUUUAAGCUCGGAUUGGGAUCGAAAUCACUUUUGGGAGGUAGCUAACACAUCGUUAUUAAACGCUGCCAAAAAUAUGAUGAGCUAAAUAAGGAACAAUAUGAAACUCGUCCAGUGGAUACCUGGAUCGGAUUACGACUGGACAGGGUCGAGGUGUGACUAGAUUUAUGAAAAAAAAAAAAAAAGUGGUCUUAGCUGGCCCGUGGAGUUCUCAGAGCCACUAAAUCUUGUAAACAAUGCUGAAUGUAUCCAGAAAAUGUUUUCAAGCCGCCGCGAAGCGAAUCGCCUUCGUCACCUUGGCUACAGGAGCGAGCUUGGGUCAAACAGUCGACCACGAAGAACCCCCGAGGUGUGCGUUUCGCGUGCGCUGUCGAUCCUUCGGAGAAAUCCUGACGCGACCGAGGAUUCACGGAGGUCGCGCUUGAGGUUUUUUUGCACCGGAACAGCCUGAGCACUUCGGACUUCUCGGAGCGCGGCGACUCUGUACCGUAUUUUGAAUUGCUUCUUCAUCUUUUCUGUACGUGGUGAACUUACGUUGUCAAAACUCUCCAGUGGACUUUUUUUUUCCUCGUUUUUAAUUUCAAGACGAAGGACCAGAGGGACGGCGGCUCCCCUCUGCUUGCGAACGCCUCACGGCCGGACGGUGUUGGAUGUGCUGUAAAUGUUACGAUAUGUUUGGGUGACUCUCUCUUGAAACUGUACUUCGUUGUACUUUUAGUAUUAUAGUAGUUAGUCGAAGAACACGCAACCAAAGCGUCAACACGUCUGUCUGUGCUGUGUUGUGUCGUUGUCACUGCGAAGAACAUUGUAACAAUAAAUGAAGCGUAAAAGUG